UCUGCCAUGGCUCAUGCAGGCGUUGCAAUAUGUAUCCUUGGAACUUGAGAGUACCUUAAUGUUAUUAAAUCUCCCUAGUGUAGCGUCUCAUCUCUACUAAUGAAUAUCCAACAGCUAAAACACCCUGUGCGCUCCCAUUUAAAAUGAAAGAUGAAAUUGCAGCCACUGUCUUCUUCAUCACGAGGCUGGUGAAAAGAGAAGGCAAGCUGAGCAAGCAUAAAAUGGAGAAGUUUGCAGCUAAGCUGACGACGAUACUGUUUGAGAAGUAUAAGAAUCAUUGGUACUUGGACAAUCCAUCCAAAGGGCAAGCCUUCAGGUGUAUAAGAAUAAACAAACAGCGAAGAGAUCCAUUGCUGGAGAAAGCUUGUGUGGAGAGCAAGGUGGAUUUUAAUAAGCUUGGUUUGCCAAAAGAGAUGACACUAUGGGUUGAUCCAUUUGAGGUGUGUUGCAGAUGUGGUGAGAAGAACCAGCCCUUCACAAUCGCACGUUUUGAAGGAGAGGAGAACCCAGGGCUUCCUCAGCGGAUCAGCUAUGCUGUUGACAGAGCAGCGCUGGACUAUCAUUCUGGUGUUUCUUCAGAUGAGGAGAGCUUCAACAAGGAGCCAAAAGCUAUCCCUACUGUCAGCAAUCCUAACAGUGUCUACCAGUUCAGUGGCUACUGCAAAGCACCCGUACAUUCCUGGUCUCAGUAUCUCCAUAGGAAUACCUAUAUGACUGAUGGCUCGUGCUAUGCCCAGCACAGGGGUUACAAAGUCCACAGGCCAACAGCUGUUUUCGCAGGACCACGUAUUGAUAGAUACCACUGGAUCAAUACCAAGCGGUAGAUCUGUGGUUGCACGCAUUAUAGACUGUUAACACUGAGAGAUGGGAUGGG